GUCCCUUUUGUGUGGAUCUGGCACCCGACGAAGGUGCUGAUCAACGGCGAGGAGUGGGUGUGCGAGCAGAAGCUCGUCGACUGGACCGGUAACAUUGAGGCGGCGUGGGCCGAGAUUGAGAAGGGCGACGAGGGCCGGUACUCGACGUUUGAGGGUGCGGUGAGGGUGUACAAGGUGAUUGAUGCGGUCCGGAGGAGUGCGCGGGAGGAUGUGCGGGUGAACAUCAACUAGAGCAAUCGUGUGG